AUGAACGCGUUCGUGGCGCUUUUGGCUUUGCCUGGUUACUACGUGGCCAUCUACUUCAUCAACAGUCUGGGCCGCAAGAAGAUGGCGCUGCAGGGUUUCUUCUUCAUGGGCGUCCUCUGUUUGAUCCUGGCCAUCUUCUGGGACGACCUGCAGGACCAGACUGUGCUCUUCAUCGUGCUGUACGGCCUGACGCUAUUCUUCGCCAACUUCGGCCCCAACACGGCGACGUUCGUGCUGCCGACGGAGAUGUACCCGACUCCGAUCCGUUCGACGUGCCACGGCAUCUCGGCCGCUUGUGGCAAGGCUGGUGCGGCCAUCGGUUCGUUCGGCUUCUCCAUCUGGGUGUCGAACGAGAGCUUCGGGUAUGAUGGUGCCUUCUACACGUUCUGCGCCAUCGCCUUCGUGUCGAUCCCGUUGACGUGGUUCUGCGUGUUCGACAACGAUGUGCCGAUCGAGGAGAUGGACGCCGAGUUCUACCGCAAGCUGCACGGCGAGGACGUGUUCACGCGCGAUUUCUUUGCCGUGAUGGGCGCUGAUUCGGAGAAGGGGGUGAGCUACAAGGUCAACUGGACGCCGAAUGCUUAA